CACGAAGAUUUUAUAUAUCGUAUAGGUAUAGAUGAAAUGAAAAUAGCGAAGGCGGGAGGUACGAGAACCAGCGAGUUUAGCCGACGCGAAAUACCCGACAAUUGACGAGGCGUCGAGGGGCCGGAUAAGGGAGACACUGGCUGUUCUCAUGGGUGUACAGCUUCCCCUUUCUCAUUUUUCUCUUUAAAUCGAUAUAUAUUCUAGCGAAUAGAUAUUUACUACAAGCAUUGAAUUGUGGAGUAAAAGUUGUACAGUAUCUUAUAUGGAUGGAUGGACCAGGUACCAUAACAUGGGAAGAAUUUUUCGAGAAUGCGAAAAGUUUUGCCCGAGUUUCAGAUGAAAUUUUCGACAGUUGGGAACUACGUGGUGACAAGGAUGUACCUGCUCAGGCUUAUUUGGUUCGCCGGGUAAAAACCUUUGUAUCAAGGGACUAUUUAAAUUGUAAGGAUAAUGUGGAUUUUAAAAAAAAUUUAAUUAAAACUAAUGGGGAUGACGAUAAUGAUGAUGGAGAUAUUUACGAUGAUCCUUUUGAAGCUAAAAACAAUUUAGAUGUACCAUUUAUUACGGAACAUCAUGUACUUUGGUCCAUGAGUUACAGCGUACCGAUAUUAUUCUUCAAUGGUUGGAUGUCUGAUUUCCCAGGAGUAAAUCCUGUAAGUGUUGAGCUCGCACAAAAGCUUGUACGUGACAAUGAUACAAGUCUAGGAUAUAACGAGUUAUCGCAAGCGAUUCAUCCGAUUCUUGGUACGACAUUCCUCCAGCUCCAUCCCUGUAUGUCCAAGGAAUUAAUUCAAAGUACAUCAAAAAGUAAAAAUAAAUUGGUAAGCUGGCUCAGCGCUGUUUCACCUGCAGCAUUAAAUCUAAAAAUUAAAAAUGAAUAUUUCAAGCUGACAAAUCCUGACGACUGACUUUUAAUUACUAAAAUAAAUAAUUUCAUUUAAUAUUUAUUAUAAAUAAUUUAUUUCGGUGAUGGAAAAAUAAAUUUCUGUUACUGAUAAAUAAUCUUUUAGUCAUUUGAUUUUUUAAAACUGAUGGAAUAUAUUAAAUAAUUUAUUACAUAUGAAAAUAUAUGUCAUUGAAGAUCAGAUAUACAUUGAAAUAAAUCACUCAUAACAUUUUUAUUUUUUAUAUGUUGACAUAAAUAUAAAAUAAUCGAGAGUUGUACCAGGACAACCGCCAUCGAUGCGUUUGCAAAUGAUGAGAUUAUUGAUCCCAUGAGUGAAUGCGCGUGUCUGUUUUCUCAGUAGAUAUAUAUAUUAAUGUAGUUUAUUAUGAAUCCUGCAUUUACAUUUUUGAAUUACACUAGAUUUGUCAGUACCAAACUUUGCAAUAAGAAAUUUUAAUUCAUUCCCAAAAUAAUAAAACUAAAUUUCAUUUUUUUUUUCCCGAGAACUUGACUACGAAUUUUUAUUCUCUAAUUGAAUUAAAAAAUAGUUGCAUUGUAUCGCAGUAGAUUUUUAUUCCAUUGAAUAAAAAGUUUCAAAUAAAAUUACGUCCAUUCUGAA